UCAGCAUCUGGAGGAGAUCCGACCUAGGCGGGCGGCGGCGAAGACUCGCUACUUCUAUUCUUUCGCGGCGGAAGAGCAACUAAGAACUCCUGGACACAGAAGAUCCGGCGGGAGAAAAGAGGCGGGAAGAGGGAGUUUGGGUCUCGGCGGCCGCCGUAGGUGCGGCGCUCCCAUGGCAACAACACGAAGCCGCGCCGCGACUCUGGGCGGUGCUGGCGCCGAGGCGGUUUGGGCCCCGCGCGGCGCGGCGCGGCGUCUGCGAGUUGCCAGCAGCCUGGAGGGUGCAGCUCCUGGACUGGCUGGGCCUGCCCUGCCCCAUGGACGCCUCCUCUAGCUCGUGGAACCCAACCCCGGCUCCUGUCAGCAGCCCUUCCCUGCUGCUCCCCAUCCCCGCCAUCGUCUUCAUCACUGUGGGCAUCUAUCUGCUUCUGCUGGGCCUAGUGCUGCUGACUAGGCACUGCCUGCUGGCCCAGGGCUGCUGCACAGACGUCACCUCCCCCUGCAGGAAGCAAGGAGCCUCAGAGCCCCAGGACUGCUGCUGGACCUGUGCUGAGGCCUGUGACUUCCCCCUGCCCAGCCCCGCCGGCUACCUGGAUGCCUGCUGCCCCCAGCCCAGCGAAGCUGAUUGGGCCCCCCGCUGUCCUCGCUGCUGCCCGCUCUGUGACUGUGCCUGUGCAUGCCAACUUCCAGACUGCCAGAGCCUCAACUGUCUCUGCUUUGAGAUCAAGCUCCGAUGAGGACCCAGGGGCCCUGCCCUCUGGGGAGUGGCCAGCCUCCAGGGCCCACGGGCCCCCCUGCCUAGGGGCUCUCAGAACGCCUCUCUCCAGCCCACCCGACCCACAAAUGGCAGGCCCAGCUCAGCAGCACUGGGGCGCUGGCCCCCCAGAGGGCAGGACUCAGACCCCCUGGCCAGCUGGACUGGCCCUGAUUUUGGAGGCUGGAAAGGAUAGGGGCCAGCGCUCCAGAGGGGCCCUGCCCAGCUUCCCUUCCCCAACGAGACUGUUAUACUGCGGGUGUGGGGGGCUGCUAACCACACUGCCAUGAAACUCAGCCAGCUGUGAGCCUCCGGGUUGAGGGUGCCCAGCCUCGCCCUGUCAUG